UGUUCAAAAUUCAAAUUGUUUUCAACUGUUUAUAAACACCUACAUAUAUUUUCUUCUAACCAUAUGGCGGGUUAUUCUGUUGGACUGGUUUGGCUUUUGGUGUUUGUUUCAAACAGCUGUGCUGUAAACACGGAAGCAGAUGUGACAUUAAAUGAAAGACUUCGAAGACUUGAUGAAAGACUUGAACAACAAGACGUUAUAAACAAGCAGCAGGCGGAGCGAAUAAAACAGCUAGAACUGGCAAGUCAGCGACAACAGGAAACCAUACUGAAACAAGAAAAAACAAACCAUCUGCAAGCGAAACGGAUACAGCUUCAGGAAAAUGAGAUUCGUCGGAUUAAACAAACACUGAAAACAUUCUGCAGGAUCCAGAACAGCAAGACGGAGACCGAAUACGAGUCGAAUUGGAAGAAAUCUAAAGCAAUUGCACGCAACUUACAAAUAUCAAACCCAGUACCACCAGUUCAGAGAGCUACACGUCAAUACGAAAGAAUUGUGUUCUCAUCAUAUUUGGAUCAUAAUGUUCAAAACCUUGGCAUAGAUCAUCCUAUUAUCUACAACAGAAUACUUAUUAACGAAGGGUCUGCCUACAAUGAACACAGUGGCAUGUUCACUUGUCCUGUGGAUGGUAUCUAUGGAUUUUAUUUCUCCGUUUCAACACAAGACGUAAAUCAGAUUGUCGCCAAGCUGGUAGUUGAUAGUGUGAACGAAGUUGACGGUGUCUCAGAUACCAUGCAUGAUAACCAUGAGGCACAGGGAGGCAACUUUGUCUUUGUGGCGUUGACAAAAGGCCAACAGGUUUGGGUGGCUAACUACAGAUGGGCGUCCCAUUCAAUGCAAGAGACAGACAUCUAUAGAUUUUCUACUUUUUCUGGGUUUCUAUUGAAUUAAUUGUACUUUACAUAUUUGGAAGAAAAAGGUGCUUAGUUAUACAA